UUUCGUCCACUUACGACGUUCGUCUCAACCCGACACACAUCAACGCAACGAAUAUCGACAGGGUUGGAUCGCCGCGACACAUCUUCUCACACGACAUCAUUGUCGUAGCAUGCUACCCCACUCUCACCCUUCUCCCACCAGACAUUAUCUCUUGUCAGCUUCACUCUCUCCUCAACUUCCCCCUCGUCAACUUCCCCCUCUCGUCAAGCUUCAGCGACUAGCACUUCUCACUUUUCGGCAAAUGCAACAUCGCCAUCGCCAACCAGCACACCAACUUCAAGCUCGCCUUGGACUAACUGGGAUGCCCCGUGGAUCUUCCUGGUCGUCGUUGUCGGUAUUGGUGCACGUGGUUUUCUGGCCCUCGUUGUUUCAUUAUGUGGCGAUUGCUGCUGCAAGUGUCGCCGCCGGGCAAGAAAUGCCGGACGGAACGACAGACACCUCGAGAAGAACCCCACGGAUGCACAAUCCAGAUGGUACACCCGGAUGAAAGGCUGACGCUCUUUCAGUGAAUCCACUAUUCAAAGCCGGGAAGUGGAUGUUGGUUACGUCCAACUUCAACGCAUGCCAGGCCGAUCCAGACGCCAGAUCUCGGGACGGCAACCCAGUCUUGCCGC